CACAGUAAAAAACAGUUGGAGUCUUUUUCAGAAGGAUUAUUUAUUACUUUAUUUUAUCAUACUUCUACUUUCCAUUUUACUAUAUCACAAAAAAAAUAUACAGUUAGUUUUAAAGGAAGUAAAGGUUAUGAUGAAUUAGGAAAUCUAUUGAAUGAUAGUAG